UUUUUGUGUGCUUGAGCUUGAAGCUUGCGGUGGAGAGGUUCCACGCUUACGGUUGGUGCGGAAAAUAAUAAUUUCUUCGGAAGAGGAGGCCGCUCCCGGGAGACAGGAGAGUUUACGAGGAUCCGCCAUGCCUGGACGCCCACUCUGGCAGGUUGCUGGUAAGCGCGAAGCAAGCCAAGAAGCUGAAGCUCAGCAAUGGAUGGAAACUGUAAUCGGUCGAAGAUUUCCACCAGGCGUGAGUUAUGAAGACGCUCUAAGGGAUGGCGUUCUGCUCUGCAUGCUGAUGAAUAAACUGCAACCCGGUUUGAUCUCCAAGAUUAAUACCUCCGGUGGAGAUUACAAGAUGAUGGACAAUCUUAAUCAGUUCCAAAAAGCCUGCGUGAAAUACGGAGUACCUGAUGUCGAUCUCUUUCAAGCUGUCGAUCUGAUUGAACGUAAAAAUAUCGCUCAAGUGACGAAUACCAUCUUCGCCAUCGGACGAACUACAUAUAAGCAUCCGGAAUGGCGCGGUCCCUGGCUGGGACCGAGGCCAGCGGAGGAAAACAAAAGGUCUUUCACGGAGGAACAGCUAAGAGCUGGCGAAGGACUCAUUGGUUUGCAAGCUGGUACCAAUAAGGGAGCUACACAAGCUGGACAAAACUUCGGAGCUACGAGAAAAAUACUCCUUGGAAAAUAAUUCAUAGAAUUCUUUUUUAUCGCUGUUAGAAGUAUUAACGCGAUGUUUUUAAUGAAUAUACCCCUUGUAAUACAAAGUUAUUAGAAACGUUUAAUUAUAUUAAGCGCUUAAUUAGAUUCAGUGCUUUUAUAAAAAAAAUAUACAAAGUACAAAGAGUGAAGUCUUUUAAAAGCCGUUAGUAUAUCUGUCAUGCAGCAGAAAUUACGUGAAUAAAUAUCAACAUAUAAAUGUUAGACACGUCAAUUAUUGUACUUUUUACGCGCGUUCACUUCUAGCACGAGUGUAUCCGACGAAAUGUACUUUAUGAAGAAAUAUACGACAAUGCAUCGAGAGAGAA